GAUUCUUUAAAUUCUUAGCUUCGAGGCGAAGAAAGACGAUAUACCUAAUUACAAUGGGCCAAAAACACGGCGUUGACUCUAGAGGCAAAGGCAGAAAAGUUCCCAGUUCUUCAUCGAUGAAGCAAAAACACCACGUCGAAUCUAGCGGUGGAGGCGGAGGAGAAAUCGUUCUGGGGCCUUCGCCAUUCGAUGACUUGCCAGAGGAGUGCAUCUUUAAGAUAAUCUCUCUUACAAGUCCACGGGACGUGUGCAUCUCCGCUUCAGUUUCAAAAUCUUUUGCAUGUGUGGUCAAGUCAGAUUGCAUAUGGGAGAAGUUUCUUCUGUCGGAGUAUGAAUCUUUGGUUCCUCCGUGGAGAGCUUUCUCAUCGAAGAAAGAACUUUAUUUCACUCUUUGCUACGAUCCUGUUCUAAUUGAAGAUGGCAAAAAGAGCUUUUGGUUAGAGACAGCGAGUGGUAAAAAGUGUGUAAUGUUAGCUGCAAAGGAACUGUGGAUCACAGAGGGUAAUAAUCUUGACCAUUGGCAAUGGAUUAAACUUGCUGAAUCUAGUUUUGAAAAGGUACCAGAGCUUCUCAAUGUUUGCUCUUUCGAGAUGGGUGGUAGUAUGAGUACGCAGAUUCUAUCUUUAGGAACUCAUUACACAGCUUACAUCGUGUACAAGUUAAAGGACGUACGUCAUGGCUUACGAGACUUGCCUAUACAAGUUGGUGUUGGAUUUAAAGGACAAGAAAUGCCUAAACGAUUCAUAUGCUUUGACGAUAAAUUCAAAAAAUUGCCAAAGAAGAGGGGUGAUGGGUGGAUGGAGGCAGAGAUUGGGGAUUUCUUCAAUGAAGGAGGAUCAAUGGGUUAUGAUGAAAUUGAGGUGAGUAUUGUAGACGUUGCAAUACGCCCCAAUCCGAAGGGUGGUCUGAUCAUUGAAGGAAUUGAAUUCCGACCAAAGGGAUAGUCAGUAAAGUAUUUUCGGUUUAUUGUAAUUUGUAAUGGAAGAACGGUUUGGUUAUUUUCAGGUUCUGUUUAUAUUGUAAUCUUUUUGAGAAAAAAAAAUAUACUUUGUGAAUCAGAAAGUAAAUUAGCGCAGUCAAAUAUUUUUAAUCAAA